GGCCAUACCCAAAAACAUACAAAAGUUAAAACCCUAAUAAAACCCCCUCAGCCUCAUACUUCCAAACUUGUUGCUGAGGCUAUUACAGAUUUACAGAUCACGCGACAAAAAAUGACGAACCCAAAAGUAUUCUUUGACAUUCUAGUCGGAACAAAGAAAGCGGGCCGAAUCGUCAUGGAACUAUUCGCUGACGUCACCCCAAAAACCGCCGAGAAUUUCCGUGCUCUUUGCACCGGUGAAAAGGGGAUCGGGAUUUCCGGGAAACCCCUACACUACAAAGGAUCAGCGUUCCACCGAAUCAUCCCUAACUUCAUGUGUCAAGGUGGUGAUUUCACUAGGGGUAACGGGACCGGUGGUGAGUCAAUCUACGGUGCCAAAUUUGCCGAUGAGAACUUUAAACUAAAGCACAUGGGCCCCGGGACUCUUUCUAUGGCUAAUGCGGGCCCGAACACAAACGGGUCGCAGUUUUUUAUAUGCACCGCGGCAACUUCAUGGCUCGAUGGGAAGCAUGUGGUGUUUGGCAAGGUUGUUGAUGGGUAUAGCGUUGUGAAAGAGAUGGAAUCGGUUGGAUCCGAUAGCGGUUCGACUAAAGCAAAGGUUGUUAUUGAAGAUUGUGGUGAGGUUAAGGAGAAUUGUUGAAUGAAUCAGCAGCAGCAGCAGUUAUUAUGUGUUUGAAUUUUCUUGUUUUGUAGCUUGAAUGAUAUGUUUGUGUUUCUUAAGAUAAUUGACCCGAAAUCUUAAACGGAUCUUUUCGGCUUGAGACUGAACCUGUUCUCGAACCCAACUUUAUUGAGUCAGCCAGAUUUGUUUGGUUUUGGCUCGAUAAACAGCCCGUUUUGAACUGAUUAUAACACAUGCAAGCCUUAUAAGAGGUUGAUUCGAGUUUACGAAA